UAACAGUGAUUUGAACAUUUUUUCUAUAGGUUUUUCUUUUUUCAUCUGCUUGGAUUUGUUGCAUCCUUCACAAACACAAGUGAUGGCAACGAAGUGUUUUUCACCGUUUUUACUAUUUUCGUUGAUGAUUUUUGCUCUCAUCCUUAUGCCUAUGAUUUCAGCUUUCAUGCCAAUGAAGCCAUAUAUUGAACCAUGUUUGAAGGGAUGUAAGAACCAAGCAGAAUGCAUCAAAACGUGCAUGUCGAUGGGGCAUCCCAAAGGAGGAGAUUGUCUAGGAAAUCAGUAUGGCAAUUAUUGUUGUUGUAUAGCUGGUUUAAUGUCUCAAAAUGACUCUCCGAUAUCUAAAUCUAAUGUUCCUACUUUCUAAUCACUUCCAUAUUUAUAUGUAGUCCCAAUUAAUAUAUCAAUAUGAAUAAAAAAUAGAGAGAAAGAAGAAAAAGAAACCACUUUGAUGAAAA